UCUGAAAAAUGUGCUCCGAUUGGCCAGCAUUCUAGAGCGCGGGAAACAGUGCGCUGUGAUUGGAGUACGCCCAAAAUAAAGCUUCGCGAUUGGUUGCUGCGCGAACCAAUGAGCAAGCAGUUGAAACUACAAUUUUUUGGGAGAGGGUUUUGGGAGAGGAGUGCUAUGAAGCAGAGGCAGUGCAAGGCGAAAACGCGCUCUUGCAGCGCCCCCCAAGCGGAGAGGACUGGCACUUCCUUUGAUUUUCUGCUUCUCGAUGCGCUGACUCCCUCACUCACUCAGUGUUCGUUGGUUUGUUCGGUUGUCCACUUCUCACCUCCACCAAGAUGUCUGGGCGCGGAAAAGGAGGCAAGGCAAAGGGCAAGAGCAAGACCCGUUCCAGCCGCGCGGGGCUCCAGUUUCCCGUGGGAAGGAUCCACCGACUACUGCGAAAGGGCAACUACGCGGAGCGAGUAGGUGCCGGUGCCCCCGUCUACUUGGCGGCCGUACUCGAGUACCUGGCUGCCGAAGUGCUCGAGCUGGCAGGAAACGCGGCCAGGGACAACAAGAAAACUAGGAUCAUCCCUCGACACCUGCAGCUGGCCAUUCGCAACGACGAAGAGCUCAACAAGCUGCUGUCCGGCGUUACCAUCGCGCAAGGAGGUGUCCUGCCCAACAUCCAGGCCGUCCUCCUUCCCAAGAAGACCGAGAAGAAGGCCUAAACCAUCCCGCGGCAUCCGCUACAGAAAAACGGUCCUU